GAUAGUCCUGCGCUUCGAUAACCGCACCGCUCAACGCUUCACACAACUGCAGCCAUCGCCGUUUUACGGGCACGUGUAUAGUACAAAAAGUUCCAUUAUUAAUUGACUGUACAUCUGUGUUCCAAGGCCUGCAAAUGGAGUCCGAGUCGUUUUAUGGUGUCACACUCAGCGAGAAGGAGGCCAUCGCACAGUUCGAAGUCCCGGAUGUGCCCGAGGAGUAUAUCGUCCACUCGCACAAGCUCAUCAUCAAACAGAUUUCCCUCGGCCCCGAGGCAAAGACCGGCGAAUUCAACGUUGUACAGGCGGAGACGAACAUAAACGACGAUGGCGAGAAGAAGACGGUGAAGAUCCCCAUUGCCGUGCUGAAGGUCGGCGAGACCCGUAGCUUAAGGCCAAAUGUCGAGUUCCCCAACGGAUCAGUGACCUUCAAACUGGUGCAGGGAACUGGACCCGUCUACGUCUGCGGCAAGGUGGAGAUGAACUUUGGCGAGUUUGACGACGGUCAGAUUUACGAGGAGUAUUCUGACGAGGAGGAGGAUAGCGAACUGGAAUUCGACGAAGAAGCAGCUCCUCAGACGAACGGCAAGAGUAAUAAGAAGAAGUAGAAAUACAUUACACUCCAGUAAGCUAACUAAAUGAUCCGAAAAAAUAAAAACUUUAAUAAGGUAACGAAAAUAAAGCUGAGAGCGCUUUUCUAAAGACUUCAAUAAUGUAAAGAAACCCCAUAAACAGACACCAUCCAAUUA